AUUUCCAAUUCUUGUUGGCAUUUAUCAAACGCGUUAUCCACGAACCUGAACAUUUCAAACCAGAACAAAAUUUGUGGUAGUUUUUUAUAUUUUAAUAUCAUGCAGCUGCAGUAUUUAUCUACUGGAAGUGUAUAUGAAAUUUUAAAAGCUUUGGGAGAAAAGUUAUAGAGCCGAUGAGUUCUUCAUUUUGCGUAAUUUAUUGUCACCAUUAGCAUCCAUAUGAAAUAUGAUAUUGAAUUGCAAUUGGCCACAACAGAAUUGAAAAUUCAUUGAUAAACUGACGAAGAGGAAUUUAAGACAGUACUUCCUUUCUCGAACAAGCGUUCUAAGUUCUUACACAUGACAAUUGCGUCGUACUACACCGCACCGAUAUCCUGUGUUUAUGCAUAAUGUGCUGUUCAAAUCGUGGAUUUUAACCUUGAACUUGUGAGAGAUAAGGGGCGUUUUUAUCGUACUCUGAAAACAAAUGUCACCUACGUUAUCACUAGGUGCAUAUAUUUAGUGGGCAACUAGUAUAGCAAAAACAGUUACACUCAUAGGACAUCAUCGGCAAUCAAAAUGUCGGAAUCGAGAAUUCUCAUAGCUGUAGAUGGUAGUGAAAACUCUGCGAUGGCACUUAAGUAUUAUGCAGAAAACAUUCACCGAUCUAGAAACUACGUCAUUUUGGCACAUUGUGCAGAAUACCUCAAUGUUAAUUUUGGAAUGGUUUCGUUGUCACAGGCAGACCCCACAGUAGUAGAGAGAACCAUAAAGGAGGAAGAACAACGAAUUCAAGCUCUUAUCGAACAAUUGAACAAAGUAUUGGAAUCCCAUAAUAUGACUGGAGAAGUAGUUCGCAUACAAGGUGGUAGUCCGGGUCAUGGGAUCAUCAACAAAGCCAAUGAGAAGAAAGCAGACCUGAUCGUCACGGGGUCACGUGGUCUGGGAACAUUGAGACGGACCUUGAUGGGCAGCGUCAGUGAUUAUUUGGUUCAUCACUCUCACGUGCCAGUUCUCGUCUAUAAACACGAUAAACACGAACAUGGUAAACAUCAGUGAAUGCCACAAUUGGUUUUUGUAAGAGUAAAUGUUGUGUUGUAUGUUUUGUUGAUUAAAGGACCAUGUUUUGAUUCGA